AUGACACACAAUAAUGGCGUAAAUGUGGCUGAUCCACUUGCACAAGAAACCUUGUUGAAAGAAAUGGCCAAAAAAACAAGUGGAGAUUUAGAAGCGUUUCUUAAUCAAUCGUAUAAUGAUUCAUCACUUGGAUUAUACCAUAUGAGCGAGCAUAUUCGUAGAAGAGUACCACAAAUCGUUGAAGAAAAGAAAGGAUUAAUUAAUUUAGAGAAAGAUCUAGAAAUCAAGAUUUCAGAUACGAAAGAUUCUUAUACAUUAGUGAAAUCUCUGCAGACUAUAUCAAGCUUUAAAAAUAUUGGUGAUUUAUUGAAAAGUACUUUAGAUAUUGUAGAAGCUGCUAAAAUUAAAAAGUAG